AGUAUAAUGCAUCUGGUAAAGAUUUGACUGACCAGACUUUUAAGGAGUCUGUAGGAAAAGGGGUUUGUUUUCAUUUGAUUUAAACUUUAAAAAAAAAGUUUAACAAGCUUUUAAAAGAUGUAAUUUUUUCAAACACAAAUGUAUGUAAUUGAACCUGAGAGGCUUAUUGAUGCUUUUGUACAACAAAUUGUACGACCUAAAAACCAAGAAAAUAGGCUACAUAUAUUUUAAAUAUUAUAUCUUUAUAUCAGAGAGAAGAUGCUUGAUCAUUGUCAGAAAUUGAAUCUUUCUGAUUGGUACGAGUGGAUAGAAAAAUUAAAAUUAAAGCUCUGGGCAUAGUAAUUUUAAUAGCUUUGGAAAUCAGAUUUCCGAAAUAAUGUUUGAUGUGCAUAAACUAACAAUGAUUAUUUAUGAGAUUCUCAUUACCAUAACCCAGCAGAAAGCUUUACUUGACUCAAGUGAGAUAAGAAUUUCUUUUCUUUGAUAGAUAGUUGAAAAAAAUUACCAGUUUAUUAACAACAUAAUUUAUUAAAAAAAUAUUUAAAACCUGAAGAUGUCUGAGAUUAAUGAACUUUGGAAUGGUAUGAUUUUUUCCUUGUUUCAGUUGUUUGAGUCUUUGAGAAAGUUUAAUCAAUCCAUCAUAUCAGUGACUGUAAUUACUCUGAGGUAAUUUCUUGCAUAUUUUUUUGUGCAUUGUAUUUCAUUUUACCUUUUAAAUGCUAUAAAUUAAAUUGAUAAUUAUUCAAGCAAAAAUAUAUCUUUAACAAAACUUAUUACAUUGCAUUGAUCAGUCAACACAAUGCUUAUUUAAUUAUCUUUUUCAUUUUAAAUAAAGGGUAUUACACUUAAUUUUUUUUAUUAAUUACCUUUUCAUUUUAUGUCAUUUUUAAUGUAUUUAUAUAUAUAUAUAUUUAUAUAUAUACAUUUGUUUAAUAAAGCUUGCGCAAUUCAUCUCCACAGUCUUGGAAGCCUUAUUGUUGAUAGUAAUAUAACAAUGGAAACUAACAAUAUCAAUGACAAGUCAACUGAGAUGAGCUUAGCUAAGGCUUUUUUGGAUAUGACUAAAAAUAAAAGCGAUAUUACAAUAGAUGGAGUUCCUUCAGCACCAGAAAUGUUGAAAUUAAAUGGCUAUGAAAGUGAGUUAAAAUGAUGCUUAAAUAUUUGAAUCACUUAACAGUGCACUAGAAUAGAUUAGAUUUUCUACUGCUUGUAAAAUGAAUAUUAACUUCAUCCACAGAAUCAUAUAAACGGAAUUUAUCGUAAAUGUAUAAAAACAAAUUUUAGAAAUAAAAUCUGUUAAUUCAUAAAGUUACAAAGAUUUGGUUCACUAAAUUUGUCCAACACUGUUUCUUUAAAUUUGAUAUAGUUGUUAAAAUAUUGGGACACAUCCAUGGUUAGAGAGAAAGAGAGAAAGGAAGUACUAAUGCUCAUAUGACAAGAAGACAAAAGUUACUAUAAUUACAUCAAUGUAAUGGGUGAAGCUCCGUAUACACACUCAACACAAAACUUUCAAUCAUUAUUCAACAAUGUAGAUAUCAAUAUUACACAUUUAUUUCACAAUUAGACUAAGUGUAUUUACAACAAAGAAAUCGGAUGAAAUAAUAUUUUUUUGUACAAAAUGUUUAUAAGAUGUGUUUUUAAAAAAAAAGCUGUUUAUUUAAAGAAAAUGUUCUUAAAAUAUAUUUAUGAGGUUUUUGGCCUACAUUUUGGGAUUCAUUUUUCUGUUCCAACCAAAGAAUAGAUGCCAAAAAACAUGAAAUUCCUUGAAAAUUUUGGUGGCGCUUUAAACUAUUCCUGAAAAUAAAUUAAUCUAAUUGUGUGUAUCAUUAUGUAUCAUUUUCUCUUUUAUACUGUUAGGAGUCCUAUAAAUUUGUUCAUGUCCUAAUUCUUUGGGGAGGGGGGGGGGAUUUUUUUAAUUGGGCUAUUGACAGCCAAUGCUUGCAUGUGUAGACCUGUAUUAAACCCCACACUCACACAUCUCUAUCAGUGACAGACAAAGAAAUUUACAUGUCUAUUAAACAACAGCUUUUGUAAAUUGAACAUCAUUGCAGUUUUCUCUUUAAAAAAUAAAUAGUUGUUUGAUGCCCCCCACCCAAACCCCCCUCCUCUCUUUUUUAUUUGCCCAUUUUUAGUGCUAUCUUGAUUUGAGGCUUCAAUGUAUACAUUCCACCUGUGGGAUCAAAAUCGUUAGGAAAAUUUUUUUUCUAAAUGUGAAACAGCAUGAAAUACUGUACAGAAAAACAUGAAAUGUCUUAGCAAUACAAUAAUGGCAAAUAGGGCAAAUAGAUUUUAAUACCCUCUUAAAAAUUUCUGUUUUAUAUUAUUAUUUAUUGUGAUUUAUAAUUAUUAAUUUUUUAAAAAUCAAGUACUGAAAAGUGACAAAUUUUGUGAUGUAAUGGAAAAGAUACAACCAUGUUCAUCGUCUGAGUGGUGUUCUGAUGAUGAAAAAGCUUGCAUGUGA